GAAAUUUCAAAAACGAUGGAGUGGGUUACAAUCGUCCCCUUCUAGACACUUCACCCUUACCCUGCACCUUCUCUUCAUAUAUCAUCAUCAUCAUCAUCAAUAACCGUUGGUUCUGGUUCAUUAUCCCUACGCCGCAGCCGCCAUGGAAGAAGUUAGGGCUACCUCCGCUUGGGUCGCUUCUCAUUCUUCUCACGUCACUGUCGAUUCCCAAGGCAUUGAGAAAGUGGUGGAAAGUGUGGAGAAUUCGAUUCCGAAAGUGGAAUGGAAUUACGAAGGGAUUCAUUACUUUGAUAAUGGUCCUUUAACUGUUCAGUAUUUGUUUGUUUUGGAUGCUCUCAAUUUCUGCUUUUGGCCAGACAAGGACUUAAACUAUGAUGAUUUGGCUUCGGGUUUGAAAGAAGCUCUUCAAAAUGACAAGACUGUGUUUGAUGCUGAUCGACUUCAGAAGUACACCGGCCCUGAGUUGCGUGAACUGUUGAAAUGGCCAAGACCUCUCCCUUUAGAGGAUGAACGAGUUCGCUUGAUGCACGAGGUUGGGUUUGAGCUGGAGAGAAGCUUUGGGGGAAAAGCAUCAAACAUAGUGGAGAGUUGUGGAAAAUCGGCUGUUAAGCUUGUUUCUAUUAUCGCACGUCAUUUUCCUGGUUUCCGUGACCACACAGUGUACAAAGGUCACCAGGUGUUUUUGUAUAAAAGAGCACAAAUAUUUGCUGCUGAUGUAUGGGGUGCGUUUAAGGGCGAAGGAUAUGGAGAAUUCAGCGAUGUGGGUUCAAUCACUAUAUUUGCAGACUAUAUUGUCCCUGCAGUGCUUCAGCAGCUUGGAGUAUUGAAAUAUAGUUCAAAUUUAGACAGCAUUAUUAAGGGGAAUAAAGAAAUUGGUUCAGGGACCGAGGAGGAAGUUGAGUUACGAGCUUGCUCCAUAUUCGCAGUGGAAAAAAUGAGGGAUUUGAUCCAGAAAAGAACUGGGAAACAGGUGUUGAGUGUGGAAUUGGAUCUUUGGUUGUGGGCAUAUGGCGUUUCAAACCCGUCUCUUCAGCAUCAUCGUACUUUGUCUAUUUAUUACUGACGGAGUUAGGUUUUAUGCUGCUAUAGUUUGUUAGUUGUAAUUUACAAAAUGUGGCAAUUAUGUCUAAACUGCGGAGAUGCUGAAGUCUAAGCUUUCUUAAUUUCAUGAUAUUAUGAAAUUAUGAAACCGUUUCUUUUGCUUAUUGUUGUGUUUUUCACUGCAAUGAGUGGUUUUGGACAACAUGUGGCUGUUAUAAUGGUUUCCUUUUCAUCUUAAUGACUUAAAACGUUGGUUUGUGAUC